AUGGCUUGCCGUCCCGUUUACCUUUUCGUGUCCGGGCGAACGUCCAAAGCACGCGGUCACUUCGCAAUCUUCAUUCCCAAUGCCUCAGACGUGGAGAAAGCCCCUUCCAAAACCGAGCCCUGCACGGGAACCGUUAUCCACGUCGUUGGCAACCCGAUGAUCGGUUUUUCUCACGAGUUCAAACGCAAUUACAACACGUCAGACGACUUGAAGUCGCUGGUAAGGGUGGUUCUCCUGGGACACAUCCAGGAAUCGCUUCAUGUCGAUCCUAGCUCAGGCACCUUCUCCACCGACGUCCUCCCCCUUGGGCCUCUCGACGCGGCAGCUCUUCAGGUGCCUGUACCUGGCAGGAGCGAUGUGAGAGCUCCUGUUGAUGGUGUGGUCAACAAACGCUGCCAGGAGUGGACCAUGGAGUAUGUCCAGUAUCUGGUCUCGCUGGGGUACUUGGACAGCAGCGCGGUUCAACUGGUCCAGGAUCAACGUGACCCUCCAACUCACGGCGUCAUGCUUCGUCAUGAGUGA